AUGGCCAGAAAAUUGGUGAAUCUCGCCAUAAACAAUGACAGUGCAGCAAUGAAUGAGAAUACAGGUGGCGAAGACCCAUUCAAUAAUCCACAACCAAGUACACCUGGAACCCAAAAUCAAACUACUUUUGAUGAAACAGUAAGUGAUUUUUCUAGUGAAGACUCUGUGGGCGAUCCUAACUACUCUCCAGGCAGUCCUAGCUUACUUAAAGAACAUGAAGAAAUGGAAAUUGCUGUUCCUAAUGCAUCAGUGGACAUACAUAUAACGCCAGACAAUGCGACACCUGAAACAAAUGUUUCAGUAAAACAAAACCCAUCAGUGUCAUGUAGCAAAAAGAAGCAAGAAAAUAAAUUAAAUAGAAAUCUUGGCCAAUCUUAUGUGACAGCUUUGGGGAAAACUAUUGAUAAACGUCAAAUGAAGAAUCACCUAACUGUCGGAAUAAGUGCCGACAGAAAAAAAGUGAUGAGCAGCGCGCUUUGA